AUGCCCCCUGUGGUUGUUGCUUAUUUGUUUGCUGUUGACCUACUUCGGUCUCCUUCACUCUUAUGUUAUGUCUCCAUCUUUUUUACCAUUCUGAAGUUGGCCAACAAGUGUCUCUCCUCCGCCUCUCGGGAUCUCAUCCACGCCUACGACCUGAUGAAACAAGUCUGUCGGAAUCUCCAUGAUGCCCACACGGACUAUGUAAGAUUUCUGCCUCAGCCUCUGAGUACGCAGUGCUCAGUUUACCGACACUACUACUGCUGCUCGUAG